UUCACUGCAUGUCAUCCUCUGCUUUUCUGCUGCUUUUCUUCUUGUCAUUCGGAGUUUAUUAAAUAUCUUUCAGCCUUCCUUUUCGCUUCUUUAUUUUCCUAUCAUAUCCGAUUGCAUCCCUCUCCUCUUACCUCGUAUUUAAUCCAUCCUCUUUCUCUCUCUACUCUACCCCACAUUCAUUCAUUUUCCAUCUCAUCUUCUAUCCUCCUCUAUCCUCAUCUCUCCAUCCUGGAGCUCUCGACCGUGUCUUCUCGGAUCCUUCUUCGUCCCCGCUCCCAUGAGCGCCCUCUCCCUCCCUCCUCCUCCCUCCUAGCACUCGCAGCGCCAUCCCCAGCAGCUGAAUCAUGCGAUAGAGAGGAUCCUUCUGCCGCCAGGGGCAUCUUGCGACCUCGACUGUCAUUCGGGCUGGCUGCUGGCCGGGAGACUGCCCAUGGCAACAUGUUCGAUGCCCAACACGAUGUUCUUCUCUCUCCGGAUCUUGAUGUGACCACUCCCUCUGCAGUCGAGACUGCUCCAUCAUGUGAUUUCUCACGUCGCGUGCAAGAUUCCCCUUUGGUGCCUCAAUCUCCUACAGCUACUGUAGCUACCAGCAUGUCUCCAAUGCUUUUUAUACCCGAUGAUGAUGUGGGUUCAUCCGCUGCCGUUUGGACGCCAGGUGAGUCCGGGGAUUCGGCCCGUUCCAGCUCGCGUUUCAUGGCCACCCCCAUAUGUUCCGAGGAUGGACACCCGCAACCGUCGCCCUUCCCUCCAAUGCCGUCGGAGCCCGUGGAUUCCCCCAAGGUCUCCUUUGACGACUUAGCCACUCGCUAUCGCCAGAAUCAGCAUAAGCUAGCCCAAAGGAAGAGGCUGGAAUACCGUCUCCAUGCCUCCAAAGUCUCUAUUGGUGCCUCCGCGCGCUUGAUCCGCGUUGGCGCCGCCCUCCAGCGAGGCUUGGUGGACUGCCUCAAACAUGAAGACAAAAUCAACUUCGUCUCCCUCUACCAUACCCUCCAUGAUGUCCAGGAUUCCUGUGAUGCGGCGUUCCGGCGCCACUUCCACCGGCAGGAUCCGUUGGAAGAUUGGUCCCCCGCCUCGGAUUCCGCCAUGGACCAUUCCCCGGACUUUUUCCUGCAGUUGAGCCCCCAGUCCCGAGCCGAUCUCCUGGGAAUUUUGCAAUUGGUCCGCUCCGACCCCCAGUUCUUGUAUGAGCGGCUGAGCAGUCUGUCGUCUGCCCAGCUGGCCGCUCUCGUAUCUUCGGCCUCUUCCUUGGAGGCCGCUGACCCUGUCUUCCCUUCUUCGUCCCGAUCCCGGAGUCAGUUUUCAUUCUCUAAGCGCAACCUUUCUUCCCCACUCACCCCUUUUAAAGACCAUGCCCUGGCCUUUGAGAGGACGGACGCUCUUUCUGCUUUAUUGUUCAACGUAUAUGCUGCUCCAUUGGAUUCCGAUGCCCCCGAGGCGCGCUUGCGCCUGGAUGUUUGGUCCUCCGUCUGCGCAAAAUUGAUUGCCCAUGGUGGCAGUAGAUAUUAUCCUUUGGUUGGCCACAUCCUCUCCGCCUGGGCCAUGUGCAGCGAGUGGAAGGCCCGCCCCAAGUUUGAGCUCUAUCUCAUGGAUAUCCUCCAAACUGGCGCAUUCCUGCUGGAGCACAUAGAUAAUCCUCCCGGUAUGAGCUUUGGUGCGGAGCCCAUAGACCCUCUCAGGACAGAUGUGGCCGAGGAAUUUUUUGCGUCUGCCGUGAAUUCCCUGUUCGAUCUCCUUGAUGACCCUGAUGGAGGCUUCCCCCAUGCGGUGAUGGAAUUUGGCAGUGCUAUUCUCCAAAAACUGGACCGUCCGGAUUGCCAUGAUCGUUUCCUCGAGUAUCUCUUUGUCCAGUGGUUUUUCUCCAAGUUCCUUUACGGCGCACUAACCUACCCCGAGGCACAUGGUCUUUUGCUCGAUUUCCACAUUCGCAAAGAUGCCAGAGAUAAACUUCUUGGGCAGGUUGGACUCCAGGCUUACUCACAGGUGUUCGCCGUCCUGCACUCUAUGAAUCACUUUUCAAUGGCACGUCCAGCUGUGCGGGAGCAUGUCGAGAAUAUGCUUCAUCGAUUCAAGAGCACAGCUUCCCGGAAUUUACAGGGCUUAGGUGGCAAUGCAUCCACAAACUAUUCGCGCAUGGCCGGUGGACUAGCACAAAACUCGCCCUCUGUCUUCCUGAUGUUGUCCGCCCCUGACAUUUUGACCCUUCUGAACGCUCUUUUCCCCAGGACAUACUCUGUGUAUAACUCUCCAACUUCAUCUUCAGGACUUCCUACACUAUCCCUCAGCUCGUUACACUCACACUCGGAAAGAGCUGUCCUCGCUGCUGAGCCUGGUUUUUUCCGCCCCAAAGUCGAUAGUGCCUCUAGGUAUUCUCCCAAUAGCAAGACGAUGUUCCCAACAGAGAUGAAUUUCCUGUCGCCUCCAGAGAACUGCUUAAGCCAAAAUGCUAACCGUAUCCGUUUUGAACUGUCGGAUUUGGCUGAGCUCGAUGAUCGUACCCAUCUGGACCACCCCUCUGCUGAAGACUGGGCCAUCUUUUCAAUCGCCCCGGAUGGGAAACGCCUGGUCUGGGGCCUUUUCCCUGACGGCCAAUCCAGCGUCCCAGAGGAUCCAUCAAUCGAGGAUGUCCAGUCCACCACUUUGGGAAUAGAGGAUAACUAUGAGGCACUUCAAACGGCCAUCGUGAAGCUAGUCAAGGAGAAUCCUGCCGGUGACCAUGUGGACUAUGACUUCCAAUUUGACAAUAACGAACAGGCAGACAAAUUAUCCCUCAAGCAAAGAUUCGAUCGUGCCAUGUCUCACUGUCAUCAUGACUCCGACUUUAUCGGCGCUCACUACUGGUGGAAUGCCGCCCGACAACUCAGACACAGUGUCGCCAAUUCACUAUCCCGACGCACCGAUGAUUCAUGGAUUCUCGACCCGAUGUAUACAUCUUGUUCCCGGUCGUUGCAUACCUCGCGCUCUGUGAUUGAUCGCUGCGAAGGCGACUUUGUGACCCUUGACCGCAAUAUGCAACGACUGCAGAAAACAGUCCGGAGCAUGAUGGCCACCGUGGGCAAGCUCAGAAACAAAAUGUGGUAUAUGACAGAUGUGAAAAAUUCCAUGAGAUAUGAGGAUGCGAAAAAUGUGGCGCUGGCGCUCAAAAAUAUGAUUUACUCCGCUCUUUUCAAAAUCCCCGACGAUCAUCGAUCUCGCAGUGCACGGUCACUGGGAGGGUCGCUGCUUCAAAAGCCCGAGCUGCAAGUCAUGAACGUUAUGAAGGCACCAAGUAGCCAAGGCGGUCCGAACAAGCUCUCCGAUGAUCAAGUGGACUUGACUCGAAAAUGGCUGUCACAUAACGGCGUCGACAACUUUUGCAGAGGCGAAGAGAGAAUCCACCGUUUCUGCUACGAAGUCAAGACAAGUAUAAAUCGACUCGUCGGCGAGACCAUGGCUGAAACCCCUGUACUCUGGUCCAGCGAGUUAUUCCAGAGAGAGCGAUCCAAGUACGAAGGCCACAGCAACCGAGGCUUCCUGGGCCUCUCCAGCUCUAACCUGCGCCCAUUCAGCAUUUCUAGCGAAGAUUCCAUUUCCAACCCGCCGUCGUACGGUCCCAACCUGCGCGCGUCAGACUCUAUUUCGAGAUUUUCCCAAGAUGCCCCGUCGCUCAACCGCAAAACCUCUUUCCAGAGCCUCCUUUCAGACAAAUGGAAAUCUCCUGCCACUGAGACAUCUUCUAUAGGAGGUUCUCCGGGGCGAACCGCUUCCAUUUCGACGGGUGAUUCCUGCAGCACGUUUUGGUCCACACCGCAUCAACCGCCACAGUAUGCAGCAAGCGCCUCGAGCUUCUAUUCCCGCCCUCCUUCUAUGGUUAGCGAUAUGACCACGCACCAACCACGUCGCGUUGAACGCAAAACGCACGGCAAAAUCGCUUUUCUAGACGAACUCAAGCAGGCUCUGACUAGUUUGCUUCUCAGUGAUCUAGGCUCCCCGGUCUGGAGCUGUGGAAGUGAAACAGAUGCCUGGUUUGGUAAUGCUUUGGACCAAAAAAGAAUCAAGGCGCAGAUGGAAAAGCGCGCCAGGAUCCAAAGAUUCUAUGAUGAUUAUGAUCAGCGAUCAACCCGCCAAACCAUCCACCGCACACCAUCAAACGGUCGAAGAAGCAAGUCUAUUGGACCUGAACCCCGGAGCCGCCGUGUCUCCGAAGACUCCUCAUCUACUAUUCCGAAUGAGAGUACGCAAGAAACAGACUCACAAUCCCCCUUUGCCUAUAAAACCGUUUUCCGCCAAUUGAUCGAGGUUUUCUCACGUCACGGUAAUCCUUUUGUCAAGUUAAAGGCUCUGCGUGAUUUGAGAGCUUUGGUCGUUGCGUCGCUGAAUUCCUCCAAUGAAGAUCAUUUACCUUUCGCUGCCCUCCAGACACCUACUUCCCCGAGAGUACGAAACUCAGGGAUCUCAGGAAACCGACCCCCUCGCUAUAGCUUCUCCGAGCCCCGGACUAGUCAAGACUCCGAGAAGGAUAUCCUCCAGACGCCUAAAUCCCCCGCGGCCGAGUCCGUGGUUUUUGAAUCUCGACCUUCUGAUUACUCAACACCGACUGAGAGCCAGAUUGUCGAUGCGCUGCGAGGACUCCUUCUCGAGAUCAAACCCAAGACUCUAUUCCGGGACUUGCAAUUUAUUUCAGCAUUUGUUCCUGGGGAAACUCUGAACAAAACAGAUAGCGGGACGGCAUUCUUACAAUUUGGUCUGGCGGCGAUGAGCUUGAAGGACGAGGUUUGCAACAGCAUGAUCGAAAUCGCAGACAAGAUUGUCUCCCAGGAACUCACCCGACGCCACCCACCCCAAGGCUAUGAUUCCAGCUCCCGGCCAAACCGUGCCAUUGAAGAUGCUGCCGGGAUGUGGAUCAUUACCGCCAAAGAAGGAAACCCAGUUGCUCAGCGUGAGCUUGGUAUCCUUUACCUCACUCAUCCAGAACUUCUCCCCCGGGUGACACUACCACUCACUUCGCCCCGGGACACUUUCAAAGCAGACAUGAUGUAUCACCGCGAUAAAGACUCCAAAUCUGACCCUCUAAGCAUGUGUCUGGCGCUGCACUGGAUGCAGUUGUCGGCCAGUGGGGGCGACGAACUCGCGCGAAACAGACUGCGCGAACGAGAAGAAUUCGACUCGAUUGCCUGAUCCCUUAUUCUGAUUUUUCUUUCUCUUCCUUGUCUGUCGUUAUAUUUUGAUUGAUUUUCUUUCCUUUUCUUCCUAUAUCUCACUUUUGAUUUGGAUUUUCUUGAUACCAUUGACGGUCAUGUGCCGUCUUUUCCCUUGGUCUUUUCAGACUUUGAUAAUUUCUUUUUUGACUAAUACUUCUUUUUUGCGCAGAUUCUGCCAUUUCUUUCCCUUUUGUCUUUUCUCGUCUUCUCAAGGUUUGAAGAUUUUAUUUUCCUUUUUUUGUUCGCAGUUCAUUGAUUUUUCCUUUCCCAUGCCCUGUAGCUCUUUUACUCUUUGAUACAGGUUGGUCUGGUCUGGGAGAUACCAUCCAUCGUCUUGAGGGUGUGCUUUCUACAAUAUUCCCCUAUAAGCGUCUUUUUACUUAUAUUCAUUUCAUAUCUCAUGGGAGGCUUUUUGUCGUACUUUUUUCAUCUUUGUGUUUUUCUGGUCUAUCUGGAUUCAGGC